AUGGAGGCUCGCAACGUGCUCGCGCGGAGUACCAGUCAUGCUGACGUCGAGGAGAUACGCGAUGCAUGCGUCACCAAGCAAACAAGAGGAAAGUACAAGAGCAGCCUCAACGGGAUUAAGAAGUGGAUCAGGAGCGAGCUCGCUAAGGAGGAUGAGAAUAUCGCCAGGUUUUUCGACGCAGAUGAUGACAUUAAUCUAAGUGAGUUUACACCGAGUGUUUUUGAGCGUUUUCUGGUGUUCAAGAGUGCUUCUGUGAAGACGGCUACGCUGAGCGGGUACCGAAGUGCUAUCAAGAAUCUUUAUCGCGUGAAGCGCGUGGCGCUGCCUCCUGAGUACGGUGAUGAUAUGAAGCAACUGUUCUCCGGUAUGAAGCGGAUGGAGUCUGAUCAAGACCAGACUAGCACCACAAAGACAUCAGGAAAGCAGCCACUCACGUACUCCCUUUAA